GAGGCCGAGCUGGCCGCCGCCCGCCAGGUGGCCGCCCGCCAGGAGGCGCUGGUCGAGACCAUGCGUCAGGACCGCAAGGCCACGCAGGAGCGACUAGACCGCGUCAUGGAGAACGAGAAGCAGCUGGUGCUGGAGCUGGACCGGCUCAGUCGGCAGAAGACCAACACCGCGCGCAUCCCCGACAAGACGCAGAAGCUGAUCCAGAGUCUGGAGGAGCAGCGCGACUACUUCAAGGCUCAGGUGGAUGAGCUGAUUGAACAGCUGCAGAAGAAAGAUAGAAGGGCCGUGGACUCGGACGGUAAUCGUCUGCAGACGGAGGCUGCGGAGCUGCGCCGCCAGCUGGCUGACUGUGAGCGCCAGCUGGCGGGCUCGGCCGCUCAGCUCGACGUCAAGACCAACGAGAGCGAGCAGCUGCGGCACCGGCUGGACGAGGCGCUCCGCUCGCUGCACAGGCUGAGCGACUCUGAGUCGGCGGCUACCAUGGCCAGCGCUGCUCAGCUGGAGAGCCUGGUGCGCACCCUGGAGCAGGAGCGCAGCCUGGCCACCGGCGACUACCACCGCGUCGACCAGGAACGCAAGGAGCUGCGACACCGGCUCAAGGCGAGUACCGGCGCUUUUGGUCGGCGGCGACCUACCCGGGGCUGA